AUGGCGAUGGCUUUGUUGUUGACAUCGUGGCUGAAUGGACGUCGGUUAAGGUAUUUGAUUCUAGCUCUCUGCUUGCCUUUGCUCAUCCCGAUCGUAUUUGCGAUUUUUCCUUUCCUGUGUGCCGUUGAAAUCUGCUUCCGAUUCUGCCGGCGCGGCCGCAAGCGUUGUCGGCUGAAAUCAGGUCCGCCGCUGGAUGCGGAAGGAGGUGGACAGGUGGUGGUGGUGGUGGAAUUGAAUUUGCUGGAGAGGUAUCUUGAUGAUCAAUUAGGACUUGCUCUUGAAAUUGCUUGUGAAUGUGACGAUGAAACUGAUGAUUUUUACAGUAAUCGGAGUUAUCUUUUGUGUUAA